AUGUUUUAUUCUAGCAGUACUAAGAUACAAGGCGAAUGCUCGGAAGAUAGCUUAAGUGUAUAUACCGAGGUAGUUAACAUUUUACAACGUUUAGAUUUGGGAACCAUUGAAGUAAAAACUCCUAUAGCAUCGGGAGUGAUUGAUCUUACGGGGAGCGAAGAUCCAUUUGUGAAGCUAUUAUCUUUUGGAGCAAAACAAAUUUUAUCGAGACAUUCAUUCCAUACUACCAAAUUACCCAACCAAAUUAGUACAAUGUUAAAUGAAUUCGUAAGCUCAUAUAGUGAUUUUAGAAUCGAUUUCGAUCCCGCAUUAAUGCAACCUAUAAGUUUCCCCCAGGGAGAAGUGUCGCUCGAAACUAGACGCAUUUUAAUGACUACUUUCGAUUUAUUAGAAGGAUUGCGCCAUAUUUGGAGUUGUAGACCAUUACUAACAGAAGAUGAUUAUAGCGAGAAUGCUUAUGUAAGAGCGGAUCGAAAGGAAAACCCCGAUCUUCAAAUUUUAUUGAAAAUUGGACAUGAAGGAAAAUGA